CACGAUCAACAAUUUGAGGGCCACUGGUUGUUUGUGCCCGCUAUUCCUCCGUCGUUGUGAUUACCUUCCACCUUCUGAAGAAAUUGGCAGCAUAUCCGUGUACAUAUUAAGAGCUGCAGAUAAUUUUCAUUAUGUCUUGGAAUGGAACCACCUCGAAUGGAACAUUUUCUUCUUCUCAUGUCAUGCUCCAUCAUCUCGACGCGGUGAGCCUAUGAGAUGGGUCAACAAACAGUAGAUUCAAAAACAAGUGACCACGGGAAGGCUAAUACUAAAUCUGGUGUACCCAAGCAUGAUAAACCGCUAUCAGUGCCAGAAGCUGUAAUGGGUACUGCAGUACAAGAUUCGCAGAGCGAGAAUGUGGUUGCAGCCUCCAAAUCAAUUGAAAGCCCACUAUUUCCUGAAGCGAACAAUAUGGUCAAUAAUGUUUCUAAUAUAACUGGCUCCAAAAGACCUACUCCUGAAUGCCUAGUGAACCCACUCAACCGAUGCUCAACAAACAAUUCUGGUAGCGGGCAUCUUGUCUAUGUUCGUAGAAGACCUGACGGAGAGUUAAGCAAGACUGCUGCUAGUAACAACCAAAGUGGUGUUACUGAUUAUUCACAACUGAAAAAGCUUAGUCAACAUGAUGAGAAAGCUCAGACCGAAAUCCAGAUAAAAGAAGCUAGAUAUUACGUUCCAGAAGUUUCAUCAAUGUCAAGGACUCCUUCGAGGGGCUCCUUGUCCAUGAAACCUUCAGUUCCUCCGUCUACAGGAGAGUCCAACAACAAUUUAGCUUCAGUUAAUGUUAGCAACUAUCAAGUAACUUCUACCAGCCUAUUGUUGGAUAAUCCCAAGAAGGUUAAUUUUAAGCAUUGGGAAGAGCGGUAUUUCCAAUUGCAGAACUUAUUGCACAAACUGGAGCAAUCAAAGCAAGAGGAUUAUAUCCAGACAGUGCUUCGUUCUCUGUCCUCUGUUGACCUAAGCAAACAUGCUGUUGAACUGGAGAAGAGGUCCAUCCGGCUUGCAUUGGAGGAAGCGAAAGAGGUGCAACGAGUAAGAGUCUCGGAUGUUUUGGGGAAAUAUCCAAUGAACCCCAAUAGCUCUGUAGCUUGACGUCCUGAACAGCUUCCGAAGGAAGGAAAUGUGACUGUACUGUAAAACAGAGUUUGUACAUUUUGUAACCUGAUAUUCACUAGUGUCGUAGUUAGAGUCUCUGUCUGGUCUUAGCCAGUUAAUGUGUUGUACUAUUCUUUGUUAAUACUAACUUAUAGUGCCUUCUAAUGAGGAAAUGGUAAUGGCAUUCCUCAGGUCCAUCUACAAUAGUUGAGAUUGAAUUCUUGUGCUUAAUGUAUCAUGUAAAUCUCUUUUUAUCUA